AUGGAGGAGAUCACACCUGACCCUGUAUAUGUGGACGUGGACCAGGGCUUGACACUGGCAUGUAUCGUCUUCCUGUGCCUCCUGCUGGUGGCCAUGAUAAUCCGCUGUGCGAGGGUCAUAAUGGACCCCUACAGCGCCAUCCCUACCUCCACCUGGGAAGAGCAGCACCUGGAUGACUAG